AUGAGUGCAGCUAGUAAUUUUACAACACCAAGAAGCAAUGAAUGUAUACUAACAGAUGAAGAAAUAAAUCAUUCAUAUAAUUUAACUCAUCGUAUUAUAUCAAUUUUUGUUUUAUUAAUUGUAUCUUUUGUUGGUGCUGCUAUUUCAGUUGUUUCAACACGAGUUAAACGUUUACAUAUUAAUCCAGUUAUUAUUAAUACAGGAAAAUUUUUUGGUAGUGGAGUUGUACUAGCAACUGGUUUUAUUCAUAUGUUACCACCUGGAAUGAAAUCUUUAACUGAUCCUUGUUUACCAGAUUCUUGGAAUGUCUAUAGUGCUUAUGGCGGUCUUUUUGCUAUGUUAGCUGCACUUAUUAUGCAGCUCAUUGAAUUUAUUGCACAUCAACGAUAUCAAUCAAUGAAAUCGUCUAAACCUUAUCCAAUAAAUGAAGGAUCUAAAAUAAAAGAUCAAAAACCCGUUCAAAUUUCAGUAGUCGAAAUCAUACCAUCAACAGAAGAACUUUGUGAUUCAACACAUCAUUAUCAUGGUGCUGCUUUUCAAGAUGAUAUUCAAAAACAUAAAAUAAGUACAUAUCUACUUGAAUUUGGUAUAGCUCUUCAUUCUGUUCUAAUUGGUUUAACAUUGGGUACAACAACAGAAUCAUUCAUUGCUCUAUUUAUUGCACUUAGUUUUCAUCAAUUUUUUGAAGCAAUUGCACUUGGUGCACAAAUUGCUCGUUUAGAUCGUAUUUCAUUACGAUCAACUGGCAUGAUGGUUAUAUUUUUUGCUUUGACAACACCAGUUGGUAUCGCUAUAGGUAUUGGGAUACAUACAAAAACUUAUAAUCCAAAAUCAAUUGCAUCAUUACUUGUCAAUGGUAUUUUAGAUUCAAUAUCAGCCGGUAUUCUUAUUUAUGUAGCUCUUGUUAAUUUAAUUACAGCUGAAAUGGGUGUUGGCGCACAUGCAUUCCAUACAUUAAAAAAACGAUUAAAAUUAUUAUAUUUUAUUGCAUUAUAUGCAGGUGUUGGUGCUAUGUCAGUUGUUGGACGAUGGGCUUAA